CAAAUCUUCUUCCUCCCUGCUCUCUCUCUCUCGCUCUCGCUCUCUCCCUUCUUCUUUUGGCAACAACUUGAGCCAGGCGGCCCCCGAUCGCUUUCGACCGCGCAACAGCGUCGGCAACCAUCAUGACCAAGAAGCCAGAGAUCCUCAAGGCCGAGGCAAAGCUCUCGUGUCCGCUCUAUGCCUGCAGCUUCGACCAUGCAGAUCCGACCUGCCUCGUGGUUGGCGGAGGUGGCGGGUCAGACCCCAACGGAGUCCCCAACGAAGUGUUCCUGCUCGACGCCUCGAGCCCUCUCGAGCUGCCCACAGCCGGCAGCCUCACUCUGAGCAAAAGUGAGGACAAUGUCACGACGCUCGUGGUCGGGCCUCGCAGUAAGGACGGCGAGACGGCACUGGUAUUCGCCGGUGCGAACGGCAGCCCCGACGACAUCAAGAAGGGCAAGAACCGUCACUUUCGCACCCUUGCGCUUAGGCUCUCCAGCGCUGGUGGAGGCCCUAAAGCAGCCAAGACUAGCGGUGAGCGAAUCGUCGAGCUCGCUCGCGAUGCGCUGUUCGCCCCGCGGGGCCAGGACCUAACUUAUGUACCUUACCAGCGCCUCUGCGCCCUCUCGCAUCCCUUUGCCGGCUUCCCCCAGCUCGGCGCCGCCGCCGACGGCUUCUCAAAGAAUCCCCAGAUCGCCCUCUUCAAUGUCCCGCCCUCUACGGCGCAAACUGGCGCUCGGCGGUGGACUCAAAGGGGAACGCUGGACAUCCCCAAGGAAGCCAUGGAUCUAGACGUCGUUCAGACCGGGCCCGACACUUACCAGCUCGCGUACUGUGACGACCACGAGAUCUUUACAGUCGAGGUCUCCAAGGAGGGUGUUUCGGAGCCCAAGUGCGUGCAGACCCUCGAGGCCGAGGAGGGAGACAAGAGCAGGCCGACAUUCCGCUCACUGCGCUACCUGUCCUCUGGGUUCCUUGUCACCACUGUCAAUAUCCCCGCAUCACAAGGAGGCGGCGUCCGCCUACACGGCUACCGACUGCCCAAGGACAACCAGCCACUAGCACGUCUCGCGAUCCGGCAGAACUUGCCCAAGACCGUCUCGAAGGCUACAGGCCUCGCUGUACGGAAUCUCACGCCUCCCGCAUCGCCGUCCGAAAAGCAGGGCGACAGCCAAUUCGUCGUCGCCGUAGCAGGAAACGACCGCUCGAUCAAUCUCCUUACUCUCGAGCACAAGCAGGUGCACUCUGUCGACCUCCUCGCGAACCUGGCGCCUUUCAAACACCUGAAAGAUGUACACCAGACGGGUAUCACUGGCUUGUCCUUCUCUGCAUUUGCCCCUCCAAAGGCGGAUGGUGAAGCGAAGCCCGAGAUCUCUGUCAAGCUUGCCAGUGUCGCCGUGGGCAACACCGCAGUGGUACACAGCAUCCCGCUGAAGGAGUUCCACGGCCCUUCACAAGGCGGCCAAGGCGAACGACCGGCUACACCGCGCUACGUGGUCGCGCUCAAGUCCAAGGGCGAAUCGCCUACCCUGAUACUCACACAACUGACCGUAGUGAUCCUCUUGUUGGCCAUCAUCGGGCAGGUAGUGCUGGAGACGAAGGGUUUAUCUCCCGAACUCCUUGGAGCGAGGAAUUACCUGCCCGCUGGGUGGCAGCUUCAAAUGCGACGGGGCCCAGUUGUUGGGGAGAAGAGCAUCGGAGACCUUUUGUCCAACGUCAAGCUGGAGAAUGACCAGACGCCAGUGAUCCGUCACAUUGAUGCCGACGUCCUCGACGAGAACGGCGAGCCGACCUUGGAGGUGGCUGCACACGACGAACAGCUCCACGGCCCGGCCACGAGCUGGGAAGAGCUACCUGCGACACAGCAGCAGCUGUGGAAGGACCGCCUCAAGAAGACGGGCCACUGGGUCGAGGCUACGGGCGAGGAGGUCUUCAAGGGCGUCCUCUUUGGCGAGCUUGGAGGUGCCAUUGGCAACAUCAUCAACGCCGCGAUAUAAACAGUAAACAUGCCACGAGCAGCUGUUUACACCACGAUCCGAGCGGCACCGGCAGGCCUGAAAUCAGGAAUGAUUCACACAUAACGAACACAUCCACACGACUUUACGUAUAUAAUGCUGAACCAAACGCCGAACGAAUCAGGGUUUGGGGUCUCGGCAGCGGCAGCGGGGAUCAGACACAAGCAGAGCUGCACU